AUGCUUCGGCACUCAAAACAGGAGCAGCAGAUGUGUCGCAAGAUGCCCGGCACGUAUCUUGGCUACGUGUGCGAUCAGCACGAUGGGCGUUGCGUUAUCUGCGACCUGCAGUUUGACGAGGUGCUCCCUUCAAUGCGGGAGGUGCACGUGUGUGACGACUGCGGCUUCGGCAAGGAGGGCGAGGAGCGCUGUGUCAUGUGCAACUCCGGCAAGACGACGGAAGUGGCGUACUACUGUCAGUACUGCGUCGGGCUCGGUAAGGACCGCGACGGGUGCCCACGCGUGCUGAACCAGAACAGGCAUCAGCGCAUGGCGGCCGUGCGCACACGGUGA